AGCAUUGGGCAACAGGUUAGAAAACAAGAAGAAAUAUAAGGCGAAAGGCGAAAGCUCUCGACGUCAAUUCACUAGAACUUACUUCGGGGAGCGGUUCUCGUUAGUGCCCUCUGUCCUCCCCAACUACCCGUCGACCUCAAUCAAGCGGAUAAGCCAGUUUACUUACCUUUCGUGUAACGACAGUUUCUCGCCACACGCCCAUUGAAUCAGUUGGAGAAAAAACACAACGAUCCCGAAUGUCAGUUUGAGGGGGAAAAUCGUGGAGUUCAAGUUCACAUUUAUUUCACAGAAAUCACGCAAAAAAUAAAUAAACAUGGAGUCAACGAGCAUUGUCGAGUUCUACAAGGGGCGUUCUAUUUUCAUCACUGGAGCGACGGGUUUCAUGGGAAAAGUGCUAGUGGAGAAGCUACUGAGAUGUUGUCCUGGAAUUGAACGUCUCUAUCUGCUGAUGAGACCCUCGAAGGGACAAAGCGUUGAAUAUCGCCUUCAAGAGUUGAUCAACAAUCAGAUUUUCGACGAAGUCAAGAAACAGCAGCCAAACGUCAUGAGCAAAGUCACACCUGUUACGGGUGAUGUGACUUUCCCGGGGUAUGGAUUGUCGCAAUCCGAUUUGCGACUCUUAAUCGAAAACGUUUCUGUUGUUUUCAAUUCGGCCGCCACGAUCAAAUUCGACGAAGAGCUCAAAGAUGCUCUCGAGAUGAACGUUAAAGGUCCCAUGCAGUUACUUGAAAUUUGCCGUCAAAUGAAACAACUCGAGGCUUUCGUGCACGUGUCAACGGCUUUUAACAACCUUGAUCGCGAAGAAAUGAAGGAGGAAGUUUAUCAUUCAAAAGUUGACCCAGUGAAAUUAAUCGAGCUGCUGGACUGCCUUGAAGACAGCGUCGUGAAAAAUAUCGCGACAGAAUUACUUGGCAAUUGCCCAAACACCUACACCUACACUAAAGCGCUUGCGGAGCAAUUGUUGGAGCAACGAUGCGGAAGCGUUCCGUUGACGAUUGUCAGACCCUCAAUCGUGACUGCAGCAUUGAAAGAACCCGUUCCCGGCUGGGUUGACAACAUGAAUGGAGCCACAGGAACAAUCGCAGCUGUCGGGAAAGGAUUCUUUCGUGUCAUGAAGAUCAACGCAGAUCUGAUCAGCGACAUCAUUCCUGUUGACUACCCAAUUAAUCUUAUGAUUGCUGCCGCUUGGCAUACUGCUACUCGGCGGCCGAAUAAUGUCACCGUCUACAGUUGCACGACGGGCCAUCAAAAUCCGCUCACUUGGGGCCUUUUGCAGCGUUGGUCUUUGGACUCUUGGAUGAAGUUCCCUACCAAAGAUAUGAUGUGGUAUCCUAGUGCCUAUUUUACGAUCAACGACAUUUGGCUCAAAGCGAACGAGGCCGUAUUCCAUACCUUGCCGGCCCAUCUAUUCGAUUUAUUCAACUCCUUGACAGGCAAGCGCGCUCGAUGGGUCCGGUUAUACGCCAAAGCUAAUCGUGCUUUUUCCUGUUUGGAAUUCUUCACGACGCAUCAAUGGCGAUUCAUCAGCAACAACCCCAUUCGCUUGCUGGACGAGAUGUCGGCACAAGAUAGGAAAACUUUCUACAUUGAUGUCCGCGAGAUAGAAUGGAAAAGCUACUUUGAAACUUUCAUACUUGGAGCUCGUCGUUUCGUUCUUAAAGAUGAUCCCAGCACUUUACCGCUUGCUAGAAGCAACCUACAAAGAUUGUACAUGAUUCGACUACUGCUACGUCUGAUUUUAUUCUCUUGUUCCUUACUCGCCGUCAGGGGCAUCAGAAAUAUCGGCCGCUCCUUUGUUAAGUCCUAAAGCAUUUAACUUGAAGAGAUAAAAAUUGCGCACUUUAUUAUACCGAUUCACAGUUAUACAAAGAUAAAAUCAAAUGUUUCGUGCCUUUAUUGAAGUUUGUGUUGGAGCCUCUGCUGCUUCGUGAACUUAGACAGCUAUAAUAUACCUAGGAGAUAAAACCUGAACAACUGCGCCGUUUGUCGAAUACUCAGCACCAUUUCCUACCAGUUUAUAAAACAAGCUCGUAGAUCGCUCUAUUGUUACGCUUACACUUUCGUUUGCCUCCUGUGUAUGUGUUGUGCCGGGAAAUAGAGAGAGAGAAAAAAGGGAAAGGUUGAA